AUGAGGAACUCAAUCUCUCGCGCGAUACUCCACCUCUCGCCCGUUCGGCCCACAGCAAGCAUUUCCCCAGCCGGAGAAAACAAGUCCGGUCGGAUAACCCCCGAGUGCCGUUUCCGUCUAUAUCAACGCUGUAGAUCCGCAAGCGCAAUCUGCAAGAAUUGCGUUCUAGAACACUCACUCACUUACAGGUCCAAAAUGCCUGAAAUCUUCGACGACAAAUCCGAGCACUGCAUCCCGUUUCUCCUUGAGCGGCUCAAAGCCCACCAGGCGCAGUACGGCAACGACCCGGCGAAAACCCCGCCUUUCUUCCUCGGUUUGAAUGGCGUCCAGGGCGCUGGAAAAACGGUUCUGGUAUCAACCCUCCACACGACCCUCCGCUCCCCGCCAUACUCCCUCCCCGUCGUGACCCUCUCCCUCGAUGACCUCUACCUCACACACGAAGACCAAGUCGCGCUCGCAAAAUCACACCCGACGAACCCCCUUCUCCAACACCGCGGCCAGCCUGCAACACACGACCUCCCGCUCGCUGAAUCCGUCUUCGCCUCGCUCCGCGCGGGCCGCCCCACCGCGAUCCCAGCAUACGACAAGUCCGCCUUUAGCGGGCAGGGGGAUCGCGUUCCGAAAGAACAGUGGAAGUCCGUGAAUGGAGAAGGGCAAGAACAGGUCAAGGUUAUCAUCUUUGAAGGGUGGAGUGUAGGAUUCCGGGCGUGGGAUGACGAGACCUUGAAAGCAAAGUGGGAGGAUGCGGUCCGGAAGAAAGAACAAGAGGGCGAAGGAUACAAGGGGAGACUUGGGCAUGUGCGGUUUGAGGAUGUAAAGACGGUGAACGACGCACUGCGGAAUUAUGAUGUUCUGACUGACCAGUUGGACGCGUUGAUCCAUAUCGAUGCCCAAGAUAACCACUUCGUCUACGACUGGCGACAAGAACAAGAGCGGACUCUCCGUGCCGUAAAAGGCAUCGGAAUGACAGAAGAACAAGUCAACCACUUUGUCGACGGAUAUUACCCAUCGUAUGAACUUUACAGCGAGACCCUCCGCGCAGGAGCCUUCAAGCCCGUCCCGCACUCAACGACGGCCUCCGCUUCGCCCUCGGGCUGGGAGGGCAAACAGCUUAGAUUGAUCGUUAACAAGAGCAGAAGGGUGCAGGAAGUUAUCAAAAUCUAG